GUAUCAUACUCUUAGCGCGGUAAUAAAAUCCUUUAGAAGUUUGUAUAUUACUUUACUUUUUGGUGCCGCAGAUAAUUUGUGGAUUGGAUUUUGUCUCAAUUGGUUAGGAUUUGUGAAUGUUUUAAGAAAAGUUGCAGAUUGGCUCUAGCAUACAAAUCACCAACAACAAUUCGGAUCAGUCUCUUAGAAUGAAAAAGAAUGAUCCAGAUUCAACGACAAUACAAAAUAGUCACGAAGCCACCUUGAACGAACCAACACGAUGCCACCAAGGGUUCAGGGUGGGCAUUUACGGAUGGCGGAAAAAGUGUCUCUACGCCCUCAUUUUAGUCUUACUGUUUAUGGUGAUAGUCAAUUUAGCUUUAACGUUAUGGGUGCUGAAAGUAAUGGACUUUUCCUCGGACGGAAUGGGUCAAUUAGAAAUCGUACCGGGUGGCCUAAAACUAAAAGGAAACGCUUUCGUCUUAGAAAACCUAAUAGCCAGCCAAAUCAGAAGCAGAAGCGGCGAAUCAAUAGUAAUAGAAUCUAGUAGGAAUAUUACCUUGAAAUCCAGGGACAAACAUGGACAUCCUAAUAGUUGGAUACAUUUAGGUCUGGAUAAUUUCGAGUGCCUGGCAAACAAUUUCGAAAUCCUAGAUGAUCGAGGGUACCCGCUAUUUUCAGCAGACAGGAAUCAGGUUGUUGUUGGUGCGGACACUCUACAAGUGACCGGCGAAGGGGGUAGCAGGUUCAGCGGAGGCGUGCAAACGCGAUUGGUGCGGGCGGAAAGUGGACACGAUUUACGGUUGGAAUCCCCGACUCGUAACCUAGAAAUCAAAGCCCCGAAAGAACUGAGACUGGAAUCGCGAGGCGGUCAAAUCACCGCCCAAGCCCAAAACGACGUUUCGUUUCGCAGCGAAGUCGGCGCCAUCCGUCUUCAGUCGUCGUCGGUGAUCGUGCCGCAACUGCCUACCGCCAAAAUAACGAACCGACCAGUGGCGGCGCGCAGCUUCGACGUUUUUCAGUUGUGCGCGUGCGAGAGCGGCAAACUUUUCCUCGCCGAUCCGCACAUGGUGUGCGCCAGCGAAAACGAAGACGGAUUUUGUCGAUAAUAUUUAGUGUUUAUGAACUAUGAUUAUCUAAUUUGAAUGACAAUAAACAAUUUGGUUCGCAAAUCAUCAUUUUACUGAAAUCUAGUCAAAUAAUUGCAUUUUGAAGUUAUCUUAUGCAAUUCUUCAAUGUAUUUUAAUUAUUGGUUCUUAAGCUUGUUUAGGUUAUAUCUUCGGAAAAGUUUCUCCUAUAACUUUUCCUCCUUAUUAUAGAGAUGCCAAAAUUGCCUUGUUAUUAGGUUUGUACCUAUGUACUUUUAUGUCGGAAGUUUUCUUCAUUUCUCUUCUUUUUCAAUGUAUGCAACAUCCUUUAUUGAAGUUUACGUAAAUGCUAGAUUCUUCAUUUUAAAGAAUUACCCGCUUCCUACUGCUACUCCCUAUAUAACUAAAGUUUUCUUUUGGGAAGUUCUUCAGUAAACAUCAACUUCCUACACAAAUGUUUUUCAUUACCCUUUAAAAAUUCCUUCAUAUUACAGAUUGCUGUUACAAUGACGAAGAAUUUACCUAAGAAAAAGUAAAUUAUUAUGCUGUUUUGUUAUAACAAAAACAAUGUAAAUAAUGUAUAAAGUAUGAAAAAUAUUGUUACAAAAAAAGCUUUGUUGUAAUAUUGUAAAUAUGUUUAUUUAUUUUUUCAGGCGAAACAUCAAAUUAAUAUUUUUUAGCAAUAAUUAUUGUAUAUUAAUGGUAGGUGUGUUAUAACAGGGACGUUUAAUGCCAAAUAGUUAAUUAUUGUUAUUUUUUACGUCAAUUAUUAUGAAAAUUGUAUCGCGCUGUAUAAAAUAUUGUAUUAGAAUUGUGUAUAGAAUUUAUACUGUGCAUAUAUAAUAAACAAGCAGAAAAUAUGUAUAAAUGAAUAAAAUUGCUGAUAAUUUUGUUAAAUGAGUUGCUUUAUUUUUUGAAUAUAAAAUCAUUUUUAUGAAGAUUUUGUUAUUUUAUUUUACUUAAAAGGUACGAAUUGGGCAAGCGAUGUUUUUUUGAUUUGAAAGUUUUUGACAAAAUUUCCUAUAAUUUCUCAAAACCUAUAGAAACAACUAAUAUCAUUUUUGGAGGUUUUAUAGAGAAUUUAAUCCUCUUUCAGAAAACCUAUAAUACAAAUUGAUUCGUUAAAAAUUACUAAAACUAUGAACAAAUCUUUG